AUGGUCUCAGUGCCCGAGCUCUUCACUCAUUCUGUUCAUAACAACAAAUUCUAUUUAAAGAGAGUUGAGAGAGCGAGGAAGUCCGAUUGCCCACAUCAACUAGUUUCCUUUGCAGAUCAAAGCUUAUGUGAGUUUGAAGCUCCAAAAUCAAUGGCUGGAGAUGUCAUAAGGGCACAUUUAAUAAGAAAUGGGAUUGUGAAUUCCUACAUAAAAUGGAUCUACCAUGGUGAGGAAGAAUUGGAGGAAGAAAUAGAAAAUAAUGAGGACGUCCCAUACGAGCAUGACGACUUGGGAGCAGGAUUGCAUGAUGCAACUGGUGUUGAAUUUGUUAAUAUUGGCUCUACAUAUGAGUUUAUUGUAGAUAGUCGACCUGCUGCUGAACAAGCUCGUUAUGAGAAACUAUAUGAAGCUUUGAAUAGUCCUUUGUUCAAGGGAUGUGAAAACUCCUCUGCCUUAACUUGUGUUGUGAAGUUAAUGAACAUAAAAGUCCUAAACAAGUGGAGUGAUAGUUCAUUUGAAAUGUUGUUAAAAUUCUUACAUGAAUUACUGCCAAAGGAUAAUAAUUGUCCUACAAACUACUACGACGCAAGAAAGCUACUAUGUGAUGUUGGUUUAGGUUAUGAGAACAUUGAUAUUUGUCAAUACGAUUGUGCUCUAUUUCAUGGCGAACAUGCCACUGUUGGAUAUGUUCGUAACGAAAUUCCGCACAAGCGGCUGCGGUACUUUCCUAUCACUCCUCGCUUGAAGAGAUUCUUUAGUUCCCGACAUACAGCUAAAGAAAUGCCCUGGCAUAAAGAAAAACGUCUUGAAGAGUUUGGGGUGUUACGUCACCCAGCUGAUGGAAAGGCUUGGAAACAUUUUGAUGAACUAUAUCCUGAGUUUGCUGCAGAUUCAAGGAAUGUACGAAUGGGGUUAGCCUCAGAUGGUUUUAACCCAUUUAGUCAUAUGUCCACAACACAUAGUAUGUGGCCAGUCAUUUUGUUGCCUUAUAACAUGCCACCUUGGCUUUCAAUGCAUAAGAGUAAUUAUUUGCUGACCUUGUUAAUUCCAGGUCCAAAGUCUCCUGGUAAAGAAUUUGAUGUCUUCUUAGAGCCACUUGUUGAUGAGCUAAAAAUGUUAUGGAAUAAUGGAGUCGAAGCAUUUGAUGAGUACUCCAAAUCAAAUUUCACUCUUCGUGCUAUGGUAAUGUGGACAAUUAGUGACUUUCCUGCAUAUGCUUACUUGUUAGGAUGGAGCACUAUGGGUAAAUUGGCAUGUCCAAUAUGUCUUGAAGAUACACGAUUUAAAAGAAUUCGAGGUAAACAAUGUUAUAUGGGUCAUCGUUGCUACUUAAAUAGAACACACACAUGGCGAAGGAGUACAGACUAUGAUGGACAAACAGAAUAUAGGCAGGCACCUCGACAAUUUUCUGGUGAUGAUAUUUUGUUACAAUUAGAAAAGGUCCCUAUGAUAACCACUGGUAAAGCACCUAAUAAUCUUGAUAGAAAGCGUAAGCGUGGUGUUGAUGAAUUCAAUUGGUCCAAGAAAAGUAUAUUGUUUGAGCUACCAUACUGGUCAAAGUUAUUGUUGCGCCAUAAUCUUGAUGUCAUGCACAUUGAAAAGAAAUGUGUGUGA